CAUCAUCCUUUCGUUUCUUACACCGGGACUUUUCGUACCAUCUCAUUGUGCUAUCUCAUUGUGCAUCGACGCGAAUCGCAUUUCUUAAGAAAUCGAGAAUCACGAAAGCAGCUUAUAAUCGGUCUCGUUAGUCUGUCUUCAACUACUCGCUCGCUCACUGGCCCAGAAAUCAUCAUGGUUCAAAGCAACACAGCAGACGCUGGAGGCUCCAGUCGCGAGUAUGGGAUAAAUUUUGAGAUCACGCCCCCAACUACUGUCUCACCUGAAAUUUUCAUAUCAUUACCAGUGGUCGUUGCUGUGAGACCUGUAGGGGCCCCAAGAGUUCCUACACAGCAGCUAGUUGCACACAUAUCUCUCAGGAACGAAGCCGGAACCGCCCCUUCUCCAGGGCUCACGGGCGUUGUCACGUCUAGUGUGCGCAGCAGUAGUGGGAAUACGACAAGCGGUUAUGCGCGGUUCGGACCUCUCAAGUUCACCCAAGCUGGGAGAUAUAGGCUACGAGUCAUGCUCGGGGCUGCAUCGUCCGAUGGUGUGUCUACAAGGGAGUAUGUUGAUUCUGGGAUCAUCACGGUUCAAGCGGGUGCUGCACCUCCGCGACCAACACCUGCGCAAAUUGCCAAACUGCAAACUCUGAUACCAGAGAACAUCGACAUUACGGUUGCGGACAUAGCGGCAUGGCAGGCCGCAUGACAUAUUGCGCUUCCGAAAGGCUUUUUAUCUCAAGGCAUACUUUCCGCGUUGAUCGCGAGGGUUCGAGCGUCUUUUAAUUAUUUCUGGCUGGUGGUACUUUGUUCAGAUCGAAAUGCCUUGGGAGCAGCCACGGGUAGUGGCUAGCAGGGGGUGAGGAGUUCACAGUACAACAUCGACGAGAGGAUAGAUACCAAUUCCAUCUCUAGCAAAUAUGUCUAUCACUUAGC